UCCCUUCUCAUGUGACCUCCUCCAAGGCCCCGUUCUCCUCCCUGAUCCCCGUUACUCCACUUCCACCAGUCCUCGCUCACAGGUUUCGAUGCCCGACACUUAAUUCCCAACCUCCUCUAUAAAUCCGCCAAGCCAUACGCCUUCAACAAGGAAGACAUGGGGCCUUCUUCUUUCCUCCUCCUCCUCGCCAUCGUCGUCCUCCUUGCUCCUGCGGAUGCCACUGCAAGAAGCAUCGGCCAGUCUCCUUCAGGUGUGUCCCCUUCCCUGACGAGUGGAACCCCGGCGAGAUCACCGACGAGGUUAACAGCAGCAGGGAGGGCACAGGGGAAGCUGGAGACGCUGCAGGUGGCCGGAUCCAGUCUUCCGGACUGCUCCCAUGCGUGCGGGUCAUGCAAGCCCUGUCGCCUGGUGAUGGUGAGCUUCGUGUGCGCGUCGUUGGAAGAGGCAGAGACAUGUCCCAUGGCAUAUAAGUGCAUGUGCAACCGCAGGUCUUACCCUGUUCCCUGAUGUGAGUGUAGAAAGCAGAGAGUCAUGAGCAAAUUUUGCGUAGAUUAGCUUUUGGAAGGAGGAUUGGCCCAAUCCUCCUCAACUAAAUCUUUUCUCAUGUCAGGAUGUGUAAUCGCUUGAUGCAGUAAUAGA